GUCCUUUUCUUGUUUGAAGAUUUUAUGCUCUUAUAGACGAAAAGUUGGGGUAGCAACUCCUAUUUAAAUUGAUGUAAGUCCAAAGGCCGACCUCACUAAUAUGAUGUUAUACUACUACCCUAUGUUACCACCCAGCUCGAAGAACUCAAUGAGUUGUAUGAGUUGUUGAGUGCUCAAGUCCGAACCACCUCUAUCAUAAGGACGCUACGCUUAUAGCCAGACCGCAAACAAAUGCCCAAGGAAGAAGUUUUAUACGAUAGUAAGAAUACCACCUUGUUUUCGACCUCGCUCUGGGCCGAGUUGUAAGGGGAUCUUACCGUCAGCAUUCCGACAGGUCACAUGUAGCUCUCCAACUCUAAUGCAAUGACACGGAUUUUUCUCGGUUAGUACUCCCCUUUACCGCAUCAUGAAGGACGCCGUGUUCUAUAUCUGUUCUCCUUUUACUUCCCGUGUUUCUCUUCAUUUCACGGACAGUUUUCAAACCUCUACGACGGCAUGAUGAAUCCCCUUACUCAAUCUCUAACUUUGCUGGCUGCACAAUGGAGUCUUGUGCAAUCAGCCUUAACGCGUUACCCCCCAAACGCAGCACAGUACGUGAUCGCGUCACCGGAAAGCAACCCAGUAGAUACCUGUGAUGGAGACAGAGACAGCCUAGGCGAUAACGACGCCUACCACACCCCUACCAUCGUUCCCGUCAAAGCAUGGGGCAGCGAAGAACCCUCCGCUACGCCGCUGCCCGUCUGGCCUACUUGGCCAAUGUAUGGCCAGAUCAUCCCUAUUGAGACAACAGUAGCAAAGCCCGCGCCGACCGAUAAUGGCGUACUCGUCCCUUGCACAGCGUGGUUCUUCUCCGUCUGCAUCUCUUGGGGCGAUAUCCACAUCGGUUCUUGGUACUGGGACCUACCGCCGGGCAUCUACGAGCCGGGGCCCGUGCCCACCGACGUAGUCAAGUGGCCGUCCGGCGUCGACAUACAAGGGACCCUGCCGAACUGGCCGCGGAUCACGAUCGGGGAAGACAAGCAGAUCACGACGGACAGCGCGCACGAGUGCAAGGCGCAGACGGCCGCGGCAUGCACCAUUACGACGCAGGUCUCAGCCGGCAAGACGCUUUCCGUCACCAACUGCGCGGCCAUCUCGGGCUGCGCCAUCAGCGUCCCAACCACGCCCGCCGAGGUCGUUGGCGACCAGACGGCAGCCCCCGUCGGCACCUGGUACGACGAGGCCUGGCCGACCACGACGCUAGGCACGGCUUACACCAACUCGGUGCUUGAAGCGCUGAGCCGCGAUCUCGAGUCCGACAAGGGCUCGGCUAUGAGAUUCAUGCCGGAGCCUACGGCCGGACCGACGUACGGUGACGAGCUGUGACCGGGACCAGGCAGCAGAUACUGAACUACCAUAAGGCACCUAUACGUCGACGUACAUACGCAGCCGCACGUUAUACAACUGCAAGAAGAACAUCGUCGAACACAAUGCUUUGUCUUAACCCGUACUCGGACUUUUUAUUACCCCGCAUGUGGGAUUACCUUCUGACUCCUCUAUGCUUCUUGUGAGGAGAGAUUCUCACCAUCCGGGGUGCAGAUAGUGACGGGGCUUUGAGAACGAAGUAAGCAAUGGUAGCAACGGAGUAAAAGCACUGUACCUUCAUUCAGUUUGGAUAUAGGUCAGAGGUAGGCUAGGUACCUAGUUAGGUUAUUUGUGGAAGUAGUUGGUUACUUCUUUUUGUUGUUAGGUAACCCAAGAAUAUAUGCUUGUAAGCUUGCCUAGGCGUCUUUACGGGCGGUGUUAUUGGGAUUUCUAGAUUGUAACUGGUUAGUAUACGUUAACUUGUUGCGCGUCGAGAUGCACAGCUCUCAAAAUGAAGAGUCGUAUGAUAUUCUGACGCGGUUGAUGAGUGUCAAAGACACACCGCUGAGCCAAAAGUCACAGUAAGAGUCCCGGUCGCGUUGCCAUCAGAAAAGCUGACGCGUAGCGGGUACAUAUAGAUACCUACCAGGUAGGUACCUCCUAGAUGUACAAGAAGAUGUAUCGAGGUCUUACUCGCAGUUAAGGCGAUAGCUGCAGGUAAUUUAGGACAUUGUCAUACAUCGCCUCUUUCUUGGCUAUUCGUGAG